CCUGAGCAGCCAUUAAACGGAAGAAGAAGAAAUGCACUUACCAAGAAGUGGAGUACGUUAGAAACAUGGCUGGGCAGCAGGGAGCUGAGGAUCUGUUUGACAGUAUUCUUUUCGCGGAUGAAAGGUUCCGCGGUGAGGGCUACCAGGAGGGCUUCCAGAGGGGGACCCAGCGGGGGCUGCACAACGGCUGGAGACACGGGGCGUCUCACGGAGCCAAGCUGUCAUCUGAGAUCUCCUUUUAUUACGGUUUUGCGAUCAGCUGGAAAUGUCUGCUGGAGCGUCAGUCUGAUGACAGAUCACGGAAGCGCCUGAAGGCUCUGGAAGCUCUGCUGAAUUUGACCCAGAAGUUUCCCCUUGAUGACCCGCAGUCAGUGAAGCUGCAGGAGGACACAGAGAAGCUGCGAGCCAAGUUCAGACAGGUCUGCUCGAUGCUGAAUGUGCCCACUGACUUUAAGGAUUACAUCAGAACAGCUGAAGGGACGUCUUUCUGAGUGACAUAGCGGCGUGGCGUGGCGUGGAGUGGCACGGCGUGGCGUGGAGUGGAGUGGCAGCAGAGCCAGAAGAAACGAAGCCAGACUGAGAGGGCCGCUGUGGGCCUCACAGGAAGCAGUGGAAGCAGAGGCCAGUGGCUCAGAGGGCUGGAGAACUCACUCUGGUUCUGUCCUGACUUCACAUUAACUCAAGGAACUGGGGGAACCAAAAAUGGUUUUGAGUGUAACUAGUUGGGUGGAUUUAUUGCCAUGAUAAGGAUCCUCAGUGACUGAUGGAGAAGCUGCUGCUUUCUAAACAGGCUUUAGAUCAGGGAGCUGAUGUUGCUUCUCUGAGUUAGAAAAUGAUUUGUGGUUCUGUCCGCAGUAAGCAGACGGAGGGUUGAGUUCUGUCAGUCACCGAGGGAAGCAGUUCUGUCAGGCCCUGAAUACUUUGUACUCAUCGACUGAAUGGAGACUGAAGUUAUGAAAAGAAAAAUUCUAGGAAAUGUUCUUCUUUGUCACAUUAUUUCCUUGACCAACAAGGUUUUCUUGUAAUUAAUAUUUUUUUAAAGACAAACCUCAAAGGAGUUCCAACUUCAAAAAAGAUUCUUUGUGUACAUUUUAAUAAAAAGGGAUGUCAAAUA